AAUGGAUUACUAGUUUCAUGGAAAUUAAUUAAUAUGUGUUUCCGUCUAAUUUCAACGCUUCAAUCCAUUUAUCCGUCCUCAGUUGUUAUUGUGCCUUCAGAAUAACAUGUAAAUCAAAAAGCUUAUCCUCUGAAUUUUUGUAGUAGAUGGCUUGCAGAUUUUUAGCGCCGAAACUAAAAUAUGUUUAUAGAGAGGGCUCAGAUGUGUUUUGAAAAAAGGGAAAAUGGGAACGAGAAUAAAAAAAAAUCCAUUGCAUGUGUUUGAAGUUUUUUGUGAAAUUGCCAUUCCAUCAGAUUUCAAUCAAGAUCCAUGGAUUACGUGGAUGUAUCCAUAUAAUUUCAAAAAUAAAGAGAUACUGAAGUCCAUGCCUGGAUUUGCCUAUCCCUGUGAAUUUAAAAACAAUGCAGUACAACAUUUUUCCUUUGUCUUGACAAAUAUUGAUAGUCAGUGGACCUUUGGUUUCUGCAGGCAUGCUUCACAUUCAUCCUCUUGCUAUGUGAUUCUCAGUUACCUUCCAUGGCAUGAAGUAUUUUAUAAGGUUCUAAAUCAUGUAGCAGAAUUAUCAAAUAAAGAAAAGAUUGAAAAAUCAAAAGAAGUGAAAUCAUUUUUAGAAAAUUUAUAUCAAGCUCAAAUUCCAGAACCUGGUCUUGAGCUUCAUGUAUUAUCUCAUAAAAAUGAA